AUGGAUCCGGUAAACGUGAUAUGCGGUGCUGCGGAGCCCUCCGAAAUUACAUUCAUUUACGAUUGGCUGGUACCAAUAUUUCGCCCAAUAAAUGGUUUCAGUGUUUUUGGCGACACCGAGACAUUUUGCACCAACUAUCGCAGUGCCAGCCAUGAGUGGAUGGUGCAUUUGUACAGAACAAAUUUCGGUCUACCACCAAGGCCUCGUAUACAUUUGUAUUUGGAGCAGAGCAGAGUUGUGGCCUCGCAUGCAUCGCCGAAACUAUGCAGAUUUUCAUUUCGGCUACUCGAUAACAAUACCAGUCACCGCAUGCUAAUCAAAAAAUGUGUAACAGCUGUUCGUUCUGUGACAACAUUCUCUGCAAUGGACAGUUUUCGUGUGCCACGUGAUUCGGAAUUUGUGGAAUCGCUAACGCAAUGUUUCACGGACCAGGCAAACAGCGUCGCCGAUAAGAAGUGCAAUAAUUUGCUGUUCCAAUUUCAGAAAUUUCGGAAUACUUUAGUACUGGUGUUCAUGAUCACGGGGACGUUCGAGAUGCCACAAAAUCUGACCCCCGAACUGGCCAGAGAACUAAUUGAUAUUGCUGUACAUUUCAAACCUUUGAAUCGUGAUGCUUUGAGGAAUACCCUUCAUCGUGCCCUCUGCGAACUGUUGAUACAGGAUUUUUCAAGUCUGGAUAAAAUUGUGCGUUUUCUUGUCUUUUCGCACGAAAUGAAUCUCUCGCAGCUCAAAUUAAUGUGCAUGUCAAUCAUUGUCUAUGAGCACUACAGGCGAUUUAAACAGGAAUACAAUGAAGAGGCAAACCGUAAUUUGACUACUGCGACGUACUGGUGCAUUUUUCAGACACCGAAUACGGAUCAUCGUGCUCUGUAUGAACGUUUACGACGGAGUGGCUUCUUGUUGACUGUAUCACCUCUCUCAAGAAUUGACUCAAUCCGUCGGCAAUCGCUGAAGUGCCGGCGAGUGUUCCGGUAUGGACGAAAACCUGAUCAGGAUUUGAAUAAUAUGCAAGAAAAUCCGAGCGAAAAUGUCUGGAAUGAUGUGGAUUAA